AUGGGAAUGGAUCAUCACUUGUGUUGGCUCAAGAAAGAACAAGAAGAAAAGAUCCUCUUGAUAAAUUCAACAUAUAUAGAGGUGGAUGGAACAUCAAAGAACGCCAUUAUUGGGCUUGUAGGAUGCAUUAUAUUAUACACGGGACAGGGGAAAUUUCACCAAACUACAACAAAAACAUUGAAAUAUAUUGUGCAUCAAGCCGAUAUAACUGCUCAGAGGCUACGUAACGUGUCUGAUGAUCUUGAUGCCGCUAAGAAAGUAACCGUGGCACAGGUGUUCUUGCCUGUUGAUGUUCAAGCUGACAUCGGAGAAAUACAAACAAAGCUUAAUGCCUCGGCUAUUCAACUUUCUGAAAGAACCAAAGACAAUAAAGAAGACAUUCAUGAUCUUCUUGAAAGUGUAAGAAUAGCGUUAAUUGUUAUAGCUGCGGUGAUGCUCUUAUGGACGUUUCUUGGAUUCAGUAAGUUCUUUCGAUUCUAA